AUGGCCUUCAUGCUGAUUCCAUCACCUACUCUUAGCUCAUCAAGUGUUGCUUGGCCCGUGGCGCUGUUCAAGAAGUUUAAUCUCUCGAAGGACACUAAAACAUUGUUCGAUAAAAUGCCUGAGAGAACCGUUGUUUCUUGGACAACAAUGACAUGGGCUUAUUGUAAUGCUAAGAUGAAUGACAAGAGUGCUUUGAUUGAUGUUUAUGCCAAAUGGGGUGAGUUGAAGAAUGCACUGUGUGUUUUUAAUGAGAUGGUGACUGGAGAUUUGGUUGUUUGGAACUCAAUCAUUGGAGUGUUUGCUCAAAAUAGUGAUGGUGAUGAGGCUUUGAAUCUUUUCAAGAGAAUGACGAGUUUUGUGGCGGAUCAAGCCACGCUAACAAGUAUUUUGAAGGUGUGUGCUGGAUUAGCGUUGUUAGAAUUGGGGACACAAGUCCAUGUUCAUGUAUUGAAGUAUGACCAAGAUUUGAUACUUAACAAUGCGCUUUUGGAUAUGUAUUGCAAGUGUGGUAGCUUGGAAGAUGCAAGCUUUGUUUUUGAUAGGAUGGUAGAGAGGGAUGUGAUUUCUUGGAGCACCAUGAUUGCAGGGUUGGCACAGAACGAAUACAGUCGAAAGGCACUAAAAUUGUUUGAGUUGAUGAAAGCCUCAAGGUUAGUACCAAAUUAUAUUACAAUUCUUGGUGUUCUAUUUGCUUGUUUCCAUGCAAGGCUUGUAGAAGGUGGGUUGUAUUAUUUCCAAUCUAUGAAGAAGCUUUAUGGGAUUGAACUAGAAGAUGAGCAUUAUGGCUGCAUAAUUGAUCUUCUUGGAAGGGCUGGGAAGCUCGAUCAAGCAGUCAAGUUAAUAAUUGAUAUGGAAUAUGAACCAGAUGCUGUGACAUGGAGAGCUUUGUUCGGUGCCUGCAGGAACAAACCUCACUUCUUAAGGAACAUUUCUCUGGACUCAUUAUUUGACCUCAGCUUCUCAUCUUCCACUUCCCUGGCUUUUGGAUUUGUCGAGGGAACACAAAGUGGUCUGACAUUCCUUGGCGUUGCAAAUGUGUUCCUCCCCUUCAGCUAA